UAAGAUGCUCAAAAGAAAAUUAUUGGGUUUGGGUUGGUCGACGGAGGAAAGAAGAGAAUAGAGAAUGGUCAAAGUAAAAAUAAAAUGAAGGAAUUAAAAAUGGAAGGCGUGCUUCUCCCACAACUCCGCGUACGCGCAGCCUUUUCACAAAAUUGUCGACCAACCAUUUUCGUUAUUUGCAAAUUUCGUUUCCUUUGAAUUACAAUUUACGAGACAAGGAAGGCAGCCUCGGAUGUUCUUGUCGUCGUUGUGUUCUUAGGUUUUGUUCUGAGACGCAGUUUUUCAUUCUUCCAAUGGCCCAGUCCUUCGGUCAGACCGAGAUCAACUGGGACAAGCUAGAUAAAACUAGAUUCUAUGUCGUAGGAGCUGGACUCUUUACAGGUGUUUCGGUGGCACUUUAUCCCGUUUCUGUUGUGAAAACUAGGCUGCAGGUUGCCACAAAGGAUGCUGUAGAGAGAAAUGUGUUUUCUGUUGCAAAAGGACUACUUAAAACAGACGGCAUCCCUGGUUUGUAUAGAGGGUUUGGCACAGUUAUCACUGGUGCAAUUCCUGCCAGAAUCAUAUUCCUCUCCACUCUAGAGACCACAAAGGUGACUGCCUUCAGAAUGCUUGAGCCAUUUAGACUAUCUGAAACUUCUCAGGCUGCCAUUGCAAAUGGAGUUGCAGGCAUGACAUCAUCGCUUUUUGCUCAAUCUGUGUUUGUACCAAUUGAUGUGGUCAGCCAAAAGUUGAUGGUGCAAGGAUACUCAGGCCAUUCCCAAUAUAGUGGGGGUCUGGAUGUUGUUCGCAAGGUUUUAAGGACUGACGGCAUCCGGGGAUUGUAUCGAGGGUUUGGUCUGUCUGUUAUUACUUAUGCACCUGCCAGUGCAGUAUGGUGGGCAAGUUAUGGUUCAAGCCAACGCUUCAUUUGGAGAUUCCUGGACCAUGGUGCCAAAUAUGAUGAAGUUGCACCUAGUAUGCAGAAAAUUAUGUUAGUUCAGGCUACUGGAGGGAUUAUUGCUGGUGCAACUUCAUCCUGCAUUACAACCCCAUUGGAUACCAUCAAGACACGAUUACAGGUAAUGGGACAUGAAAAUAGAAGCUCUAUAAAACAAGUUGCCAAAGAUUUAAUCAAUGAAGAUGGUUGGAGAGGCUUUUAUAGAGGGUUUGGUCCAAGAUUUUUUAGCAUGUCAGCAUGGGGCACUUCAAUGAUAUUGACUUAUGAGUAUCUGAAACGUGUAUGCUCAAAAGAUGAAUAGAUGCAAUUAGUCUGAAAGCUUGUAUUUAACUGAUCGAUUUACCACGAUUAGGAUGAUGAUGUUGGGUUUGCACCUUUAGCAUUGGAGUUGCUGUUCAACAUUUAUCACUCUGACUCAAGGGUUAAACUUUUAGCAGUACAGCUAUGCUAACAGAUUAUAUGAAAACACUCGGCUGGAUAUGAAUAUGGCAGACUUCCUUCUAGAAAAUAAAUUGCAUCAUUAUUUUUUUAUAAUUCUAUUGGAUUUGGCGCAUUCUUUUGUAGCAUUGCUAUGGAUACUGUAUUAUCAUGUAAGGGAAGGGAAUAGAUUGCUAUUAAAUGCAUUGUAAAGAGAUGUGAAGAAUAAAUUUGAAAUUCUAAAUCUUAUCUCUUUUGUUCCAAAAAGGGAAAGUUAUUGCAGAUAUUUUUGUUUACA